AUGGAUAAGAUCAAGGAGCGUAUGAACGCCCUCCGUGUGGAGGCUGACGAGGCUCACGAUGCCGUCGAGGAGCUGAAGGCCAAGGUCAAGGACCUGGAGCAGGCCAGCCUCGCCAAGGAGCAGGAGAUCACAUCCCUCAACCACCGCAACCAGCUCCUCGAGGAGGAAGUCGAGAAGCUUGAGUCCUCCGUUAAGGACGCCAAGGACGCCGCCAACCAGAGUGCCCAACACGACACCCAAAAUGAGGCCCUCCAGCGCCGGGUGCAGCUCCUCGAGGAGGAGGCUGAGGAGAACGACAAGACUCUGCGCGAGACAAAUGAGAAGCUCCGCCAAACCGACGUCAAGGCCGGCCACUACGAGCGCAAGGUGCAGGCACUGGAGACGGAACGCGACCAGUGGGAGGCCAAGUACGAGGAGAUGGCAGAGAAGCACGGCAAGCUCGAGAAGGACCUGCACGAGCUGGAGGUUUCCAUCAGCAAUGUCUAA